CCGGGAUUUGGGGCCAGAAGCCUUGUUGUGGAACACAGGCCAGAAGAACUGUUCCUCUCCUGCUGUGCAGAGCUCUGGAUCAGCCUGUGACCUGUUCAGACCUGUGGUGUUUGCUAUUCCUGUGCUGGGUUUCUCCCCAGUUCAGCACGUCAUCUUUGCUCUGUCACCUUAGCUUCCUGUGCAAGCUUUUCCCUGCCCCUUUUAAUGGUGUUUGUUGGCAUUUAAGGUACUCUUCUACUCAUCAAGAUGGAAAGCUCAGAUUCUGGUGAUAAAGGAAGUAUUGAUCAGUCAGAAGCCCAACGUCAGAGCCAGCUGGAUCGGUUAGACCGAGAGGAGGCUUUCUAUCAGUUUGUGAACAACCUGAGUGAAGAGGACUACAGGCUUAUGAGAGAUAACAAUUUGCUAGGAACACCAGGUGAAAUUACUGAAGAAGAGUUGCUGAGAAGGCUACACCAAGUUAAAGAAGGUCCGCCACAGCAAAACAGUGAUGAGAAUAGAGGUGCAGAGUCUGCAGAAGAUGUUUCAAAUGGAGAUUCUAUAAUAGACUGGCUUAAUUCAGUCCGACAGACUGGAAAUACGACACGGAGCGGGCAGCGAGGAAACCAGUCCUGGAGAGCAGUGAGCCGGACUAACCCAAAUAGCGGCGACUUCAGAUUCAGUUUGGAAAUAAAUGUCAACCGUAAUAAUGGGAACACGAAUCCAGAAACUGAGAAUGAGCCAUCUGUAGAGCCUUCCAAUGGGGAGGAUUUGGAAAACAGCCAAAGUGACUCUGAAAUUCCAAGGUCUGAAUCACCAUCUGUAAGGCAGCCUGGAUCAGAAAGGAGCAGUGCGGAGGAGCUGACAGCUGAGGAGGCUUCCCCUCCUAGAGGGCAGAGGAGAGCCAGGAGUAGGAGUCCCGAGCAGCGGCGGACGCGGGCUAGGACUGAUAGAAGUAGGUCACCUAUCAAUGCAGUGAGCGAGGCCCCUCGCAGGUCUCAUCACAACACAUCAUCUCAAACACCUGACCACUCCUCAGCGGGCGAGGCUGAGGGCAGCUCUAGAACCAGGCAGCACGUGACGUUAAGGCAGCACACAGUGGGGACUGAGGUGCCAAGUGAAAAUGCAGUUCUGUUUGCCCCCCCUGAGACGAGGCCUGCUCCUCAAGCAGCGGGUUCUUCAGAAAGCACUGGUGCCAGCGAGUCCGCGGCUCCUGGGCAGAGGCCUCCCACCAUAGUGCUGGACCUGCAGGUGAGAAGAGUUCGCCCGGGCGAGUACCGGCAGAGGGACAGCAUCGCCAACAGGACCCGCUCGCGCUCCCAGACCCCCAACAACACGGUCACCUACGAGAGCGAGCGCGGCGGCUUCCGGCGCACCUUCUCCCGCUCGGAGCGCGCCGGCGUGAGAACUUACGUCAGCACCAUCAGGAUCCCCAUCCGCAGGAUCCUGAACACGGGCCUGAGCGAGACCACGUCGGUCGCCAUCCAGACCAUGCUGAGGCAGAUCAUGACGGGCUUCGGGGAGCUCAGCUACUUCAUGUACAGCGAUAACAGUGCAGAUUCCGGUGGGUCGACUCCCUUUCACCACUUGGAGACUGCCGAGCCGCAGAGCGGAGGCGGGGGCGCCUCGGGCAAUGAGAAUGCAGAUGUCAGCUCAGGGGAGGUGUACGAGGGUGGGCACGAGGCCAGCUCAACAUCUGGUGCCAGGCGGGAAGGCCGCAAUAUGAGGGGAUCGGUCACUUUUGAAGAAAGCGGUUCUCUACCAUUCCUUAGCCUUGCACAGUUUUUCUUACUCAACGAAGAUGACGAUGACCAACCCAGAGGACUCACCAAAGAACAAAUUGACAACCUAGCCAUGAGGAAUUUUGGUGAGAGCGACGCUCUGAAAACCUGCAGCGUGUGCAUCACCGAGUACACGGAGGGCAACAAGCUCCGCAAGCUGCCGUGCUCACACGAGUACCACGUGCACUGCAUCGACCGCUGGCUGUCCGAGAACUCCACCUGCCCCAUCUGCCGCAGGGCAGUGCUGGCCUCUGGGAACAGGGAGAGCGUGGUCUGAGGCAGAGCUGAGUGAUGGCCAGGCAGCCGGUGUGAUAGUGAUGGGCAAAGAAGUCACUUCCUUUAUGGCCACUUUUUGAGUGGUACCUCAAUGUAUAGUAAUGACUCGGAGUGAAUCUUCCCUCAUUGAAAGCAUUUUCUCUGGAUUCAAGAUUUGGGAAUUGGAAAAUUUCUUUAAUUAGGUUUUUCGAGUUCUAGUUGGUUUGGGUGUUCAAUUUCACUUGUCCAAAGACAUCUCCCCACUUCAAAAUAUUUUUUUUCUUUGUGAAGAUAUUAAGUUCUUUCUCCUUCCCAGCCCAAUAAACAGUUUUUCCUCAA